AUGUCUACGCCGACGUCGCCGAGCUCGCUCUCUCCGGGCAAUCUACAAGUUCUGCCGCCCAUUCUGACGGACAACACCAUCAAAUCGUCCCCCAGUGCGAGAGAUCGGCUGUCCACCUACUCCACCGUCUCCUUCGCUUCCCAACUAUCACGGCCAGGCUCACACGUGUUUCCCAUCUUCCAUUCGAGCCUCCCAUAUACCCUGGUUCGAGACUUUGCCUAUCCGCCCAUCCAUCCCCUGCAUUACGGGCCUCCCCCACCGCGCGCAUCAGGGGUCUCCACGCCGGCCAGCGAAUAUCGGCGACUGUCAGACCCGCCGACCUCAUGGGACACCGCACGAGGCCCAUGGGCAUCUGGUCCAUGGAGCAAUGAAAACACACAACUCACCCCCGGCCACCAACAAUUGCCGGCCAUGUCUUUCGGUGAUGGCCCACCGUACAGUGAAGACGAAGAUCUACAUAGCCCGGUGGUGACUUCGUCACGCCCGCGCAACAAGUCCACUGGGACCGAUUUGGAUGAAUUGGUGAACGAGCACAGCUCUUCGACACAGAGCGAUCGCGGUACUUUCAUUGGCUUGAACCCCGAUGGCAGUGCGACAUACUAUGUUAGCGGAGGAGAUGGGAUGGAAGACGGUCCAGGCGGGGAGUAUGUCACAUACCGAGCAAACGAAGGGCAGUACUCGAUGGCAUACGGUGGUCAACAAGGCUACACACAGGAACCCGGCUUUGAGUCAGAAGACGACCAGACUAGUCGAAGCCGGUAUUCGACCGAUUACCAAUUUGCCGUUGGCUGCCCAGAUGAGGAGAUGCAUGGCAAGGCCGUCGCUCUUUUUGAUUUCGUUCGCGAGCAUGAGAAUGAGCUGCCUCUCACAGAGGGUCAAGUUAUUUAUGUUUCAUACCGACAUGGCCAGGGCUGGUUGGUCGCCGAGGACCCGAAGACCGGAGAAAAUGGGCUUGUGCCAGAAGAGUUCGUUCGGCUUAUUCGAGACAUCGAAGGCGGGCUGACUUCAUUGAAUGGAGAGCCUGGCUUUGACACGACAGAUAGCAGCGUCUCUAUCGGCAUUGACAUGACCGAGGAUGAGCAGGUUGCAACACCAACCCAGGAGGGUCACAACGGUGCUAAUGGCGGCACAUCAACCUCUUCCUCAGUCGAAUCUCACCACCCUUCGGAUAACGGACAGGUAGCCAAAGAGGCUGGCAACCGGUCUAGCAUGAUGACAAAGACCUGA